AUGGCGACGCCCACCCCCCUCCAGCAGCUUUGUCUCGUCAGCGGGCCCAGCAGCGGUGCGCCGACGUCCGCGUCCGCGUCCGCGUUCGCGUCGCUCGACGCCGACGGCAGCUCGUAUGCCAGGGAGUACGAUCAGGCCCUGAAGCAUCUUCUGCCGCUCUGCCCAGAGCCCCUUUGGCCCAAGGACUCGCACAAGACCUGGUGCCCGCGCCCGAUCCUCGUGACGGAGCAGCACCAGAGACAGCUGGAGGACCUGCACGAGGCCCUGACUCUUGCUCUGACGGACAUUGUCGAGAGAUGGUGGUCUGACGCGGCGGCCCGCUUCCCCUCGCGCAUGCCUCUGGAGCCCAGGGAGGAGGAGCUGCUGCAGUGGCUCGACAGCCAGGUCCUCAAGGGAACCCUGCGCCGCUUCUCCGAGUGUCGAGGCUCGUGGAGGCCAGACUUUCUGGUAGGCCAAUGCGCGGGUGCUGGCGGCGAGGGCGGCGAUUUGGCAGACGGGGAAGAUUUCAUCCUAACCGAGAUCAACGCUCGCUUCUCGUUCAACGGCACCAUGUACAUCGCGCUGGGGCAGGAGGCGUUGGAUAGCAUGGGGUUGGGCAGCGCUGCGCUCCAGAGCGCCACCAAGUCUGACACUAUCUUUGACGGGUUGCUGAGCCUCUUCCAGCCCGACCUCCCGUUGCAUCUGCUCAAGGGCGAGGAGGCCGGCAUGGACAUUCACAUCUUCAGGCAUAUGAUGCAGCAGAGGUACGGCAUCACGCCGCGGCUCAUCAAGCCGUCCGACCUGCGGCUGGUGGCUGACGCGCAGAGCGCGAGCGGCUUCAAGCUCUGCUGCGUGGCUGCGGCGGAAGCGGAGGCGGAGGCGGAGGCGGGCGAGACGUGGGUGACGGCGGACGGGGAGCGGGUGGAGGAGGUGCGCCAGGUCGGGCUGGAGCUGCACCAGCGGGAGCUGCUGGCCAUGGACGGCGAGACGCUCCGGCAGGUCGGCCUGCGCUGCUUCAACGACCUGCGCACGGUGCUGCUGGUGCACGACAAGCGGAUGCUGGGCAUUGUCCGGCAGGAGCUCGGGGGGCUGGAGGCCCGGGGGGUGCUGACGGCGGCGCAGGCGGCGACGCUGCGGAGGGGCAUCCCGGAGACGCUGGUGCCCGGGUCGAGCGAGAUGGGGGCGCUGCUGCGGCGGUCGAGGGCGGACGCGGGCUUGCGGCGGCAGUUCCUGCUGAAGCCGGUGCGCAGCGGCAAGGGCGCGGGCAUCGUGUUUGGCGACGAGACGACGCAGGAGGAGUGGCUGGCGGCGCUGGAGGGCCUGGGGAGCGCGGCGGCGGCGGCGCCGCACCCGGGACAGACGCGCAUCGUGCAGAGGCAGGUGGCGCCGCGGCUGUACGACAUGGUGAUGCGGCCGGGGGAAGGGAGGGCGCGGUACCCGUUGGUCGGGACGUACCACGUCGCGCAGGGCCGGCUGCUGGGGCUGGGCAUCUGGCGCAGCAACGGCGACCGGAUCUGCGCGGUGAGCGGGGGGGGGUCGUGGAUGUGCUCGGUGCGGGAGCGCCAGGGGAUGUAG